UUUGAAAUUUCCCCCAACCCAACCCGAAAACAAGUGUACAGAGUCAAAAACCAAUACAGUUAGCAUCAGUGCAAACAAUGAGGUAAUGGACGCUGAAGAUGAAUCAAGUGUAAAUAGUGCCGACAAAGAUGGACGUAAUACUAACCAGAGUCCAGUUACUUUUCCAGUCGAUAAGAACACGCCAACAUCUGAAAUUCCUUCCCCAGUUCCUUUCAAAGGAUUAGAAGACUCUGCCAUGGGCUUAUGCAAUAAUGAAACACCUUUAGCAAUUACCGCAGAUAUUUUGAACAAUAAAUCCCCAUCCGCUUGUGACACAGCCGCUCCAUUAUCCGCUGCUAAUAUCCAGACUGAAGAUGAAAACACAGGCACAUCCAGUGAAAAAGUAUCUUUUCUUCCUGCUGAAACAGUUGGAAAUGAUGCAGAUUCUGACAAAAUUCCACCAGUAAGCAUGUACAACACCCAGGAUAAUUAUCCUGAAAAAGUAUCUUUUCUUCCUGCUGAAACAGUUGAAAAUGAUGCAGAUUCUGACAAAAUUCCACCAGUAAGCAUGUACAACACCCAGGAUAAUUAUCCUAAAUCAAGCACUGGUUCGAGUUUUGGCGCUAACGGUCAUUUGAAAUUUCCCCCAACCCAACCCGAAAACAAGUGUACAGAGUCAAAAACCAAUACAGUUAGCAUCAGUGCAAACAAUGAGGUAAUGGACGCUGAAGAUGAAUCAAGUGUAAAUAGUGCCGACAAAGAUGGACGUAAUACUAACCAGAGUCCAGUUACUAUUCCAGUCGAUAAGAACACGCCAAUAUCUGAAAUUCCUUCCCCAGUUCCUUUCAAAGGAUUAGAAGACUCUGCCAUGGGCCUAUGCAAUAAGGAAACACCUUUAGCAAUUACCGCAGAUAUUUUGAACAAUAAAUCCCCAUCCGCUUGUGACACAGCCGCUCCAUUAUCCGCUGCUAAUAUCCAGACUGAAGAUGAAAAGAUUUCACCACCGGGUCCUGAACAGACAGGUUCAGAACGAAAUUCAUGUGACAAUGAGAAAAAAGCAAGAGCAUUUAGCUCUGAAACCGGUGCAUUUUCUAAUACAGGAAUAAGCAUCGACAACACCCCGGAUAAUUAUCCAAAACCAAGCACCAGUUCGAGUUUUGGCACUUACCGUCAUUUAAAACCUCCCCAAACCCAACCCAAAACCCAAUGUAUAUGUACAGAGUCAGAAACCAGUGCAGUUGGCACCAGUGUAAACAAUGAGGUAAUGGCAACCGAAGAUGAAACGAACGGAAAUCGUUCCGACAACAAUGGGUAUGAUAUUGACCAGCCCCCAGUUAAUAAUGUAGUCGACAAUCAUCACACAUCAACAUCUGAAAUUACUUCCAGUAGUCUUUGCCAAGGUUCCAAAGUUCCAGCCACGAGCGUAAACAAUAAUGAAACGCCUUUGGUGAUUGCCACACGUGUCCAGAAAUAUAACCGCUCAACUGCUUCUAACACAGCCACGGCAGUGCAUGUAACCGAUGCUGAUAUUCAGGCUAAAGACGUAAGCGACUCACGACAGGGCACUAGGAAGACAGGGUCAGAACAAAAUUCAGCUGACAGCUUGAAAAAUGACAGAGCAACCAAAUCUGAAGAUAAGAUCUGUGGAAACCAAGUUGGCAACGAAAAAGUAGAACGGAAGUGUCCUCAUGUUAUCAUUAAAAAUGGGCUCAGCCAUUCUACACACGAAACAGCUACCGCAAGUGAGGUCCCAUUUAAUAAAAAGGAAACUGCAGAUGUGCAUGGAUACGAUACGACAACAUCUUCAGAAGUCGCCGAGGCAUUCAUGAACAAAACGGUUUCAUCAUUUUCUGCAAGCAGCAACAAGACCCAUGAUUGUGCAGUUUUGACGGUGUCAGCACACAGUGCACUUGGCACCAGUGAAAUUCACGAGGUAAUGGGAGCUGAAGUGGAAACGAAUGGAAAUCGCGUGCACGACGCUGGGCAUGAUACUGAUCAUCCUAAAGAUACCAAACCAGUUGACAGUUAUCACGUACUAACACCUGAAAGAUAUUUCGAUAUUCCUAGCAAGGAUUCAGAAGGUCCAACCAAAGGAAUAUCCAAUGAUAAAUCGUCUUUAAAGAGUCAUGUAGGUGUCGAACAAAAUAAAACAACAAAUAAUUGUCAUGCAGCUACAGCAGCACCUUCUAUCACUCCAGCAGUACAUGCUCCAGCAGUAACCAGCACCAACAUCCAAGACAGUGAUCGAGACAUGGACAAAGUUCCAGGUUCUAGCGCUACUCAUACAAUAAAAUGUAACGCAAAUAUACGUGAAGACCAGUGGCCACGCGACAGUGCAGCUGGCAUCAAAGGAAAUCACGAGGAAAUUGAAACUGAUAAAACAAAUGAGAAUGAAAAUAGCGGUGAUAAAGAUGGCCAUCGAACUAAACAACCUGCACCUACCCGACACUCAAACUUUGGUUCAAAUAUUUCUCCAAAUCACCCUGUAGACAAAACAACUCGCGCUACAGGAUUUGAUGUUAGUGUAAUGGAGAUAAACGAACACAACAAUGCAAUCACUCCUAGGUAUACUGGAAUAUCAUGUCAAUGUAAAGAAGUUAAAUAUGAAAAAGAAACCAGUGGGAUGGACGAAACUGCAGCCCCACAACCAUUCGGCGAGAAAACUCUGCCAACAGAAGAUGAAUAUAACGAUGUUCGAACUGCGAAGGAAGUCUCUCAAGGAGCGAAUGACGAACAGUCUGCUAAAAUACUCCAAAGUAAGGUACAUUCAGAUGAUCAGCACAGCCGUGCUAAUAUGACCUUGCAAGAGCCUUCCAAUACCUUUUCAAGAGCCCUUCACCACGUCCAAAAUACCAAAAUCCCUAAAGAAGACCUAGAUAUUGACAAAGAUAAACCGAAAGAUAGAGUGGGCAAAAGUGAAGAUAAAGAAAGUGGUAAAGCGGCGAAAAGCCAGAUACCGCCUAACAGUGAUGAUGAGGGAGUAGCUGAGGAUAGAAAAAUAGGAGAAAUCGAACAGUCUUUAAGCAGUUCCCAAGGAUUACCCCUUGAUAACGCUUCAAAUAAAAGGAAUGUAUUUCCUCCCAUCGAGGAUAGCGAAAAAGAUGUCAAAAUAGUGACAAAACGUUUUGGAAUCAUAGGUGAUCCUGAUAAAGGCAACGAUCGAUCUUGCAACGUUUCUUCACCUCUAAUCCACAAAACGGACACCAAUAAAGAAACAAAGACAGAUUGUGUGGAAAAUGCGUCAGGUGAAGAUCCAAGUGAGAUCACGGGAGCUGAGAUGAAUGGCAUGACAGCCAAUGGUGUGCUAGAAAGACCAGCAAGUGAUAAUGUCGGUAAAACACAGGAGACUAAUUUACCGAACACUGGUUUGUUCCUUAAACCGACCCAAGUCAACACACCUGUCUCCCAUGUUGGUUUGCCGUCACGCUAUACUGGCAAUAGCGAUCCCGACCAUGGGUCUCCUAAAAGCUCCUAUGGAGUUAAUACCGCCUCCCCACGUUUAGAGGAUUUUUCUGAGGAUGAGCUACAGCGUCAGAUCAUCUCAGAUACAUGUAUGAAGAUAGAGUACCUUGCUGCAAAAGCCUCUUCCAACCAGAAGGAGGCAACAGAGACAUUCACUGGAUUAAAUUCAGAUAUUUUGCUUUACAUUCAUCAUAUUCACUCCGAAGGAAUCGAAAAUAUUCUUAAAGGCGGAACAAGUGUCGUAUGGCAGGUGCAUGCUACUCAAAGCACAGGAACGAUUAUUUUGACUGCCCGUGAUCAGGCCACCUUAGACGCAGCUGCUGAAGAAUUUAUCCAGAUAUACCAGAAGUGCUUCGAAUAUGUAAACAUAGUCACCAUACCAAUAUCGAAAAAAUGCUGUGAUAAAAUAAUUCAUUUUUGGCAAGCUCCUAUGCAUGCUGUGAAUAAAUUUAUGUCCAAAUACAAAAACACAUACGUUCAUGUUGACUGGAAUGGCAUUAGACUCAUGACCCAAGGAGAUAGGUGCUCUACUAUGGCCAAGGAAUUUGAACUCACUGAGCUCUUAAAUAUCCCGUCGUUGGAUUGGCAACCGAUUAAACGAAACAAGCAUCCAGCAGAUGGGGACAAAAGUGGAGGUAUGCCGAAAAGCCCGUCAACCAGCGGCUCCUUAACUCAGCAACCUAAAUUUAGAACCAAAGAAGGAAUAAUGGUUUCUAUAUACAAAGCGGACAUCACGACUGUUGAGGUAGAUGCAAUAGUCAAUGCAGCUAAUGAAUAUCUGCAACAUGGCAGGGGCGUGGCACGGGCCAUAGCAGAUGCUGCGGGUACACAUUUUGAAUCCGAGUGUCAAGAAACAUUGAAGAGACAUGGUGGCCUAAGGACAAGUGAAGUGCUAGUGACUUCAGCAGGAGGUCCAGAUAGCAGGUUGAAAUGCAAAAAUGUAUUUCACACGGUUGGUCCGCGGCGACAACAAUACAACGAUGACACAAUCUGUUAUAGAAAACUGCGAGAGGCUGUCUUCAACUGCCUGAUGAAGGCCCAUGAUUAUGGAAUGAAGUCCAUUGCAAUACCUGCCAUUAGUUCAGGAAUCUUCGGAGUGUCGAUACAGAUUUGUUCAAAUGCCAUGUUUGAUGCUGUAACGGAUUUUAGUCGGCAAAUCGGACCAAAGACAACGCUACAACAUGUACUUUUUAUUGACUUCAACUCAGACGUACUUGGUCUUUUGAUGAAUGCCUUUGCUCCGGGUAGGAUUGAAAGUGGAGGGACUUUGUCCAAAGCAGAAAUUAACCCCAUGAAUGCUAUGACAAGAAAUGACAAGAAAUCUGAGGAAUCGACAACGCCUGAGAGUGUCCCUUGUGCAAUUUGUUUUGACGAACCAACCAACCCGAUCGCACUAAGCAAAUGCAAUCACGUUUUCUGUAAGGAAUGCAUUGACAACUGUUUUAAACUUCACAAACCUGCUUGCCCGACAUGUGGUACUUUAUACGGAACUUUGACGGGAAAUAUGCCAGAGGGCACAAUGACGGUAUCUAAGGAAUGGGCUCCCCUUCCGGGACAUGGCGGUUUCGGGACGAUUGUCAUCACUUACAGCUUCAGUGGCGGCAUUCAGCAGGACGACCAUCCGAAUCCAGGUCGUCAUUACAGGGGUACGACUCGAGUGGCAUACCUGCCAGAUUCUCCAGAAGGGAGGAAGGUGCUAAAUCUUUUACAAAAAGCGUUUGACAAGCGUCUUACAUUCACCAUAGGGAGGUCGACAACGACUGGUUUAGAGGAUCAGAUUACGUGGAAUGACAUACACCAUAAGACAAAUAAACACGGUGGAUCAACUGGAUUUGGUUAUCCGGACCCAGACUAUUUGCGACGCGUACAAGAAGAAUUGAGAGCAAAAGGCAUUGAAUAGUUGAAAUAAGUCCUUACAUGACCAGUAUCUACGAGAGCCCAACAUACAAUUCCAGACAAAAUUAACGUCUUGGUGCGUUCUCCGAGACCCUUUAUUUCAUUCCAGUACUAAUGGCCAGCAGGACUUUCAGUUGUAGGGCAUCUAUCCAAUAUGGCCGUGUCGUCUCUUUGACUUGAAAUUGAGAAAAGUGAAUACAACACAUUGAAAGGAAAACUUGCAUCCUUGGGGUAGAUUUCAUUGGGUAAAUACCAUAAAAAUGUAUUCACGGCAAGUGGAUUUUUACUUAUAUAUUUAAACGAAGUCAACGUAUUUAGUCGGAACUGAAGUGUAAAUGAUUUGAUAAUUUCUUUUUCUUUUUUGGUGUACAUAAUCCACUGGAUAUAUUUCAAAAUUCCUCAUAGCACAUCAGCUGGAGAAGGAAUCAGUAAGCAACUUGUGUGAUAUAUAGGUAGUUUAAACAUCAAUGCAACAUUUAGCAGCGAUUACUGAUACUGAUAAUUGAUACCAAGAAACAUUUAGUGAAAUGUUUUUGGUGAACAUCAUGGAUAUUGUAAGAAGUUGCAAAAUGGAAAAUCUUCAUUUUUUAUGCAAACAAAGUUUUAAUUGGUAGUGUUAAAU